UCUGAUGAGCAGCACCAACGCUGAUGGUUUCACUACAACGUAGAACAACAUCAGGUGGAGCAGAAAUGGCAGCGCGCUCAGGAGUGACAUGCUGCUCAGUUUACCUCACAGCAGUUCUGCUGUGCUACGUUUGUGCAAAAGAGGAAAAGAAAAUUGUGAAAGCGAGAGAGAGAACGAACGUCACGCUGCAGCCGGUAGAAAGUCAACACAACGCCCGGGUUGUGUGGACCUUUGGAGUCGAAAGCCCAAACAUCCGAAUAGCAUCAGUAAAGCAGGGUAAAGAAGUGAAACAUGACUAUGAGGAGAAGUUUAGAGCCAGACUUCUUCUUGACAGCCUCACCGGAGCUCUGACCAUCUCACAGCUGGAAACCAGCGACUCAGGCGUUUACCAGUUCCAGUCCAUCAGCAGCAAAAUCCUAAGCAGAGAUUUCCAUCUGACUGUCUACAGUUUCCUCCCUGCGCCGUCCAUUACUGUCACGUCAUCUGUCAUUAACAGCAGCUCUGCUGCAGUCACCGUGGAGUGUUCAGUCCAGAACAGCAGGGAGCUGAAGCUCUCCUGGUACCGAGGGACGGAGAGACUGAAGCAAACCAGCAGUCCCAGUCUGCCCACUGAGCUGACGCUCUCUCUGGAGGUGGACGCCCCUGAUGGAGACGACUACAGCUGCGUGGCCGAAAACCCUGUAGAGAGACAAACCACCAAACUGCAUACGAAGGACAUUCAGCUGGGAAAUGCAGAAAACAGCAGCUGGUGUCAGAAUGAAGCCACCGUCAGGCUGAUCGUUUCUGCAGGAAUUGCCUUGGUUCUGAUUCUUCUUCUGGUUGACCACAUCAGGUUCUGAGGAUGAGCCGUGAACUAACGGCGUGGAAACCCAACACUCGCUGGUUCUCACACUGGACCAGAGACAGUUCAUGCAUUCAAAACUUGGUGAACUACAGUUUUUGUGUUAAAAGAAUCUAAGAAACAAACCCUGAGAGCACAAAUUACCACAGCAAAGUCUGUGAUGAACCGGACCCAGUACUGAUGCUCGACUAAAUGUAAGGAUGUAAUGGAUCUACGAGUAAAGUUUUAACAUUCUCUGAGAUAUGUCAAAAAUAUAACCUGUAAAUAAGUUCGUUUUUACAUUCCAAUCAGUAGUUUUAUCACUGAUAGUUUGGUAACUUGAGUUUGUUUGUUUAAUUUACAUCUUUCACCAAAACACUGCAUAAAAAAUUGUCCCUAAAAUGUGCUAAAUAGUUUCCAUUACCUUAACUGCUAAGAUUGAAGCCAAAUGCUAGCUGAGCUAAGCUAAGAUAACUACAUUUGAUUCAUCUGUUUACCAAAUACCUGCUCGUCAUAAACAACUGGUUUUGUAAUUUAAGGUGCUUAAGGUUAUCUAGGGUUUUCCACCAAUUCUUGUUUUGCAGAGUAUCUCCCAUUAUGACCAACACAUAAACAAAGAGGCCAAUAAAAGUUGAGCUGUAAUGUAUGCAUUCUUUAUCUUUAUCUAUUCUCAUCCUUUAUCUGACAGUAAAAUUAGAGCUGAUUUCCGGCGUAUCUCUUUAGCGAUACGUCAUUUUGAAAAAAGCCUCCAUCUCCCGUCCUUGUCUUCAGAGAGCGCAGCAUCCUGUGUGGUCAAGCGGUAGCAGUUCAAAACACUGUGGUUGCCUUUAUUUUCCACAGCCUGGCCUUGAUAAACACAAAGAACUGCACAGACGUUUCGUCUGAUAAGAUUAAAUAAGACAUGCGUCUCUUACUUUUGUUUUUCUUGCCCCAUGUUGUGAGUCUGUGUCAGACUAUCAUAAAGGUGAAAAAUGCGAUGUGUGCCCAAAGUUUGGGGGUUUCAGAAACCGUUCAGAGGAACAGAGAGCACUCUCACUUCCUGUGUAGAAACAUCUACAGGCUAACCUUUACCACAAAGGCUACUUUAACUCAGAACAGAACAGUGGAGAUUCAGACUCUGCUUAUUUUAAGUGAACAACCAUGAUGAGAUUAAAUAAGCAGAAAGUUCUUCCCUUUCCUCUUUGCAAAAUCCUUCAGGCUCAUCCAGAUUUGAUGGACAUAGUGUGAGAUCAGACAUUUUCAAAUCCUCUCAAGGAUUUUCAUGUCAUAACUUAUUUCCAAAAACCAGCUGGGUGUCUUUUUUAAUCGCAUCGGUUGUUUUUAGAAGUAGUAGAAACUCAAAUGGAAAUUGUGCAAAAUAUGAAUUUUGAAUA